AUGGAUCCUUAUGAUUUGAAAAAUGAGGAUGAACUUGAGUGGAAAAUUAUAGAAGAUGCACUAAAUGAUCUUCAAGCUCAAGAAGCAUGUAUUCAGUUAAUCAUUGAGGAGCAUCUCCAACAAGUUGAUGGAAGCUCUAGUAAUUGUAGACGUCAAAGAUCUCACAUAGAAAGGAAUCGGGAAGAAGGACACGUCCGUUUGUGGAAUGACUAUUUUUCGACAAAUCCAGUUUACACAGAAGAGCAAUUUCGGCGAAGGUAUAGAAUGCGAAAACACGUGUUCCUUCGAAUUGUAGAAGCCAUCAGCAACACUGAUGAUUAUUUCCAAAUGAGAAAUGAUGCGACUGGGAGAAUGGGUCUUUCACCAUUGCAAAAAUGCACUGCUGCAAUUCGUAUGUUGGCUUAUGGAUCCUCGGCCGAUAGUGUAGAUGAGUAUGUGCGUAUUGGUGAAAGCACUGCACGAGAAUGCAUGGCGAGAUUUGUUAAAGGAAUAAAUGAGGUAUUUGGGCCAGCGUACUUAAGAAAACCGAACAACAGAGACAUCGCACGCCUUAUGGAAUUGGGGAAGGCGCGUGGCUUUCCUGGGAUGUUAGGUAGUAUUGACUGUAUGCAUUGGAUUUGGAAAAAUUGUCCUACUGCAUGGAAAGGUCAAUAUUGUCGAGGUGAUCAUGGUAAGCCCACCAUCAUUCUUGAAGCUGUAGCAUCACAAGAUUUGUGGAUUUGGCAUGCAUUUUUCGGUGUUGCAGGUUCAAAUAACGACAUCAACGUCCUCAACCAAUCUGAUGUCUUUAACGAGGUUUUGCAAGGGAAAGCUCCCGAGGUACAAUUUACAUUAAAUGGAACAACAUAUAACAUGGGAUACUAUUUAGCAGAUGGAAUUUAUCCAGAAUGGGCAACAUUUGUUAAAACUAUCUCAAUGCCACAAGGAGAAAAAAGAAAAUUGUUUGCCCAACAUCAAGAAGGAGCAAGAAAAGAUGUGGAGCGGGCAUUUGGAGUGCUUCAAUCACGAUUCGCAACUGUACGUGGCCCAGCCCGAGCUUGGCACCUGCACAUACUAAAAGAUAUAAUAUAUGCAUGCAUAAUAUUGCAUAAUAUGAUUGUUGAAGAUGAACGGGAAAUGUAUGAUGGCAAUAUUGACUUUUCAUAUGAUCAGCUAGAAAAUGACGCUUCAACGCCUGAAGUAUUUAGCGGCCCUCAUCCUGAUUUUGCAAUGUACCUUCGAAAGAGAGCUCAAGUUCGUGAAAAGGCAGUACAUCGUCAUCUUCAAGCAGAUUUAGUGGAGCAUGUUUGGGAACAUUUUAGUCGUGAAGAUAAUCACAAUUAG